GAUCAUUUGAGUUUGACAAAGUAUCUUCUCUAAGGUUCUUCAGUUCAACUAAAGCUUCAAUCCUCAGUUUCAUGCCAAGUUUCCAUUAAAAUGGCACCACAUGGAGAUGCUAUUACUACUAGCACUUACGCAAACAACUUCCCAUUGCCACCUAAACUCUCCAAGGACAGCCUCCACCGGACCGUAUCCGAUAUCACUUUCCAAGUGAGCAAGGAAGUGCUCGAUAACUACAAAGAAACAUCCGCAACGUGUGAGAACCAGCUGCCGCCUAUAUCCGAAGUGGAAGAUGCAAAGUUCGAGUGUUGCGGGAUGAGCGAAGAGUACACCCCGGAAUACAUCGAGCGAAUCCGCAACAAGUUCUUGGGGAAAUGGAUAUGCGGACUGUGUGCGGAGGCGGUGAAAUAAGAGAUGGAGAAAAACGGAGGGAAGAUAGAGGAAGGCUUGAGCGCACAUAUGAACACAUGUGCUAGGUUUAACAAGAUUGGGAGGGCUUAUCCAGCUCUGUUGACAGCUGAAGCCAUGAGGUAGAUUUUGAGGAAGAGUUCGAGAGAUGCGAAAAGUCUUAGGGCAAAAUCUAUUUGCCCUAGGGACAGAUCAGGUACUCAGAAGAAUGGUGGGAUUGCCAGAAGUACCAGUUGCAUUCCAGCAAUUACAAGGGGCAUCAACAAUCUAAAUGCUCCAAACUGAUGAGAUGAGAUGAGAAGCGAAGAGAAGAGAAGAGAAGAGAAGAGG